AUGUCUGCUCCGAGCCUGCAGACUGUUCCGACCCGGACCUCCCGGCUAACGACUCUCCAGGAUCACUUCAAGGACAAGCCUCUCCAAGAGCACGGUUUCUUAUGGAACCAGCUGUGGGAGCGCCAGAUCACCAGCUGGGACCGCGGCGGGCCCAGCCUCGCCCUGCGCGAGACCCUCCUCACCUACCCUGAGCUCUUCGACGGUACAUACCCCGACCCAGGGCUGCUGAGCGACUUCGUUGGCCACGGGCUCGUCCAACAAGACACCUCAUCGACAGCCUCAGCUCCGGCUUCCAAGAAGACAGCCCUCGUGCCAGCUUGCGGAACGGGCUACGACGCGGUACUCCUGGCCAAGGUGUUCGGCUACGACGUGGUCGGGCUCGAGAUCUCACCGACUGCGCUGCAUGCUGCCAGGAAACACCUGGACGGCGUCGAUAAGUUCCUGGAAGCACAAUACGCGGAGCCACAGGAGGUCACUGCCAUCGACCCGCCAAUGCGCUUCUGGGCCGAGAACCAGCACCCCUCCCCAGGUCAUGUCCGCUGGGUCUCUGGCGACUUCUUCUCAGAUGACUGGCUGGCCGAUGCCGGCGUUGAGAAGUUUGAUUUGAUUUUUGACUACACUUUCUUCUGCGCAAUUCCUCCCUCUUCGCGGCCAAAAUGGGCAGCGAGAAUGCAGCAACUCCUCGCCCGGCCCAAUGGCAGGCUGGUAUGCCUCGAGUUUCCUACCGGGAAGCAUCCAUCGACAGGCGGCCCUCCGCACAGCGCUGCGUUCUGGUUCUACCAAUUGCAUCUCUCCAAUCCUGGAAACGAACAGAUCAUCACCUACGAAAAGAAGCAUCCGGCUGAGCAGGAUCCUCGACAAGAUGCCGGUCAAGGACAGGAGUGGGCCGUCACUCCCCACGCCGGCACAUCCUCUGGCCCAGGGUUCGCCAUGAUCACGCGUUUCAAGCCAAGUAUAACCCACGCGUGCGGCCAGGAUUCGCAAGGCUCGUUUGGUCGGGACUGGAUCUCUGUCUGGGGUCAUUCACUGGCAGCAGGCCCGUGAAGCGGAGCAGGAGAUAGUAAUGAUGGUUUAAAUCCACUGUUUAGGCCAUCAAAACGAUCCACUUUCAGCCACAUGUUCCGUAGCCGCCAACAUUGUUCGCGCCGCCCCAAAAGACCGCGUAGACACCGGAAUGUGGAAAUAUAAGAUGGCUUCGGAUGAAGUUCGCUUUUUGCGUUACCAGAAUUGUAGCGUCACAGACUUUGAGCGGUGGGGACCCUCACCAGAG